AUGACAAUUAUGCAAAACAAUCACAUGCCAAUAACAUAUUGGAGAGCUUGGAAAGGGAAAAAGAUUGCAAACAACCUUCUUAGAGGUUCACCUAAAUUAAGUUUUCCAAAUCUUCCAGCUUACUUGUACAUGGGUCGAAAGAUGAACCCAGGCACGAUCACACAUUUGGAGGUGGAUGAAGAAUCUAAAUUCAAAUAUGUUUUUAUAGCAUAUGCGACAUGCAUUAAAGGAUUUCGUUGUAUGAGAAAGAUUAUUGUGGUGGAUGGAACUUGGUUAAAGAGUAGGUACAAAGGAGUAAUACUCAUUGCAAUGGCACAAGAUGGUAAUUUUCAUCAAUAUCCUAUUGCUUGGGGUGUGGUUGAUUCAGAGAAUGAUGCUUCGUGGUCAUGGUUUCUCACAAAGUUACAUCACCUUAUACCGGAUGAGAGUGAAUGGGUCUUAAUUUCAGAUAGGCAUCAAAGCAUCAUCAAUUGGUUGUCAAAUAUUUAUAAGAAAUCACAACAUGGGCACUGUAGGUGGCAUUUAUCUCAAAAUAUUAAAGCAAAUGUUAGAGUUAAAGGUGUCAUAAAAUUAUUCGAUGAAACUGCUAAUGCCCAUAAAGUUUCUGAGUUCAACCAACUUUAUGAUGAAUUGAAGAAUAGAUAUCCUAGAGUUGUGAAUUAUCUUGAAGAGUCAAAUGUACCACUUAGCAAAUGGGCAAGAUCUCACUUUACAGGUUGUCGCUAUAAUAUUAUGACUACGAACGGUGCUGAAUUUAUUAAUGCAGUAAUGAAACAACCAAGAGAGUAUUCUAUAAUUGCAUUGUUGGAGGCUAUGCAAGCAAAAGUCUCUAAAUGGUUCAACAACCGUCGUAAAGUUGUGGCUGUUGGGUUUUAUAAUAUCAUUCGGAAAAGAUUCAAGAAAGCAUUGGAAAUGAAUGUCAAGCAGCUUAAUCGAUUUGAGUACGAAAUUAUUGCAACAUAUGAACAAACUAGAAUAGAAAUAUAUGAUUUGUGCUCCAAUUAUUAUAAGUUGGAAACUUGGGCGUUGGCUUAUGUUGAUACAAUUUAUCUAGUGCCUCAAUUAAAAGAUUGGGAUAUCGAUGAAGUUGAAUUACUUCCGAAGGUUUUUCCUCCAAAUGUCCCAAUCAAGUGUGGUAGAAGAAAACGAAUAAAAUCCCAUCUAUUGGAAAUGGCAAAAAAUGGAUUAAAAGGUGUGGGUUAUGUGGAAAGUCUGGUCACUCCAAGAAGACAUGCUCCCUAA